GGUCACAAGAUGAAGGCUGUGUUCCUGACUCUCCUCUUUGGUGUGGCUUGUGGGGCCCAGGAAACUCCAGCUGAGAUAGACCCCUCAAAGAUUCCAGGAGAGUGGCGUACCAUUUACGCAGCUGCGGAUAACAAGGAGAAGAUUGUGGAAGGGGGCUCACUGAGGGGCUACUAUCGUCAGAUUGAAUGUAUCAACGACUGUGAAUACCUCUCCAUCACAUUUUAUGACAAGGAUGAUGGAACAUGCCUGUUACUCAAAGAAGUGGCAAAGAGAAAAGAGGGAUAUGUUUAUGUCAUAGAAUAUGCAGGUGCAAAUACUUUGGAACUGAUUCAUCUAUCAGAAAACAUGCUGGUGACUUAUGUUGAAAACUAUGAUGGGGAGAAGAUCACAAAAGUGACUGAAGGUCUUGGCAAAGGAACCAGCUACACUCAAGAAGAACUUCAGAAGUAUCAGGAACUGAACAGUGAAAGGGGGAUUCCACCUGAAAAUAUAGAUAAUGUCAUAGAAACAGACAGCUGUCCUCCAUAAGAACAGUGAAGAGUGGUUGCGUGAGUAGAAAUAUGACACAUACAACCUAUUUUUUUCUCAGCAGGUUAACACUUUGGGGGAAGGGGGCUUACUGCUUGAAGAAUGGGAUACAUACAUAGUGGAAUAUUACUCAGCCAGGAAAACAAAAGAAAUAAUGCCAUUUGCAGCAACAUGGAUGAA